GAUAAUUUCAAAUGUGAGCAUCAUUGGCAACGCAAACUGAUUAUAUUUUUGUGUAAGAUUACAUACUUAAAUGUAGAAGAUAACGGAACAAAUGGAUUCUGGGACUGAAAGCAAAACAGUUGUUGGUACCUUUGAAUGCUCGUCCAACAAAAAGGCUGGUCGUUAUGUUUGCGUUAAAUGUGGUAAAAGAUUUAAAAAGCCCUGCCUACUUCUUCGUCAUGAAGUAGUGCAUUUGUCUGAGAAGCCCUUUAAGUGCUCGGAAUGCCUCAAACGAUUUACGCAGAACUCUUCACUACAACGCCAUUAUACGGAACAACAUAAGAUCAAUGGCAAAAGUUAUAAAUGUGCUAAAUGUCCGCUCAGUUUUAGCCAAAAAGGUAAUUUGCGUUCGCAUGAUAAAAAGCAGCAUUCGCCAAAAGUUGCAGGAAAAACAGAGAACAAUGCUUAUGCCUGCGAGCGGUGUACAUCUACAUAUAGGAGUAAACAAAAACUUAGUAGACAUAUAAAUACUGUACACGGAGACGACGUUAAAACUAAAAACAGUUUUAAUGCCUGCCAUGCAGAAGUGGAAGAUGAUUUGACGCUGACGCAAAAUGUUUUGGAGCAGUUGAAAGCAUUUCAAAAUGAAAUGCAAGCAUUAGAAGCGCCUAUUGGGGAACCUACAGAAAAUGCAGCAUCCCCAAACACAGAAGCUGCAACAACCAACUCCACUAACUUGGCUGAAGUGCGUUUGCAUCAGAACGUCGACGAACCUUGCAUGAAUGUCGUUCAACUAAGAGAUCGUUUGAGCACGCAGGAAACAGAGCGCUACUUACGCGCGCAGUGUAUUGUACAGUCUAAUGGAUGUGCUCUAUAUGUGUGCGGGUUUUGCUCGAAAAAAUUUCGAAAAACUUACGAUUUCAUUAGACACCACCGAGUGCACACACGAGAAAAACCUUACAAGUGUGCAUUUUGCCAAAGCGCCUUUAGCACCAAAUCAAAGCUGCACGAUCAUGUGAAAAUACAUCGUUUAGACGAGCAGAUAGGCAUAUUCUCCAAACAUUAUCCCUGCGCAGUUUGUUGUCAAGCGUUUAGUUCGUUGCGGUUGUUGGAUAAACAUACGAGAACACACGCUAAUGCCUAUAUAAUUAAAUAUAAAUGCGAAAUCUGUGGAGCUACGUUCAACUCUAGCACAGCGCUUUCGUCACACAAGCAUGCGAGCGCGGAUGAAGACCUGCAUUUUGUGCAACAACUACUACCAGCCCCAAUCGAAGUUUAUACAAAAUCGAAGGAAUUGAUGAAUAACACCGAAAAUACCUCGAUUGUAAUAAAUUUCGAAGGGGAUGUAAAAGCUCGGCGUAUCUCUGCUAAAUGGAAAUGCUUCACGUGUGGCAGACUUUUUUCGAAUUCUUCCGUGCUGGGCAACCAUCGUCGCAUCUACCACGCAGUUUAUAGGCGUACGCGUCUUGGCGCCACCUCAGCGGUGAUCCGCUGCUACAAGUGUGCAUAUUGUGCACGAUUUUUCAAACAGCAGUCGCAUUGUAAUGCUCACAUGCUUGCCCACUUCAAACGUUUAUUGAACACUGGCACCAAAGAGCACCGAGUGAAGGAGGAGCAGACAACAUGCAGCCCAAGGGUAAUAAAUGCAUUAGUGAUUGUCACAGAGCUGGCGUCAAAAGUAGCCAUUAAAGUGGUCCGCUGCAAUGUAAUAUCGUCCAAUCGUCACAAGGGCGCACAGAAAGACGUUCCCAAAUUGCAAUCAACUAGGAAAAUACUUGGCAAACCCCGGCAUAAAUGCCACAUCUGUUUGAGUCAGUUUAGUAAAUUGUGCGAUUUAAAGCGUCACUUACUGGUACAUACCGGGGAGCGGCUGCAUGAAUGCCCCACAUGCGGUAAGUGCUUCAGUUUGAGUAGUACGCUUAAGGAGCACCAAUUAGUGCAUGCAGCGGAACGCCAAAAACACGUCUGCAUCGUUUGUGGGAAAACUUAUUUGGCUAAGAAGACACUAAACCUGCAUUUAAGACUGCAUACUGGUAUUCAACCGUUUCACUGUGAAUACUGCGAGUUGAAAUUUCGUACUUCAGGCCAAAGAAUUGCGCACUUAAAAGUUGUGCAUGGGCUGCAAAAAUAUGUAGCUACAAAUAAAAAGGAAAUAACCGGCUAAAACAAAGCAUGUUUCUUCUUCAGUGCGAGUUAUAUUUUGAUUUCAUUGUAAUACUCAUACAGCUAAUUUAAUUACACAAAUAAUUUAAUUUUCAUACAUUACAUCAAAGGGAAAAUAAAAUAUAUUUCCUCAACGAACUUA